AUGUGUACAGUGUUGCCACCAGCCAGUAUGAAGGACACAGAGCUUCAUACGGCUGCACAGGUUGGAGGUAUAGCGAGGUUACAGCAUCUGCUGACUGCCGGACAGUGCAAUAUCAAUGGCCAGGGCAGGUUGGGGAGGACACCACUUCACUGGGCUGCAGAUCACGGCCAUACACAAUGUGUCCAGCUUCUCCUCCAACACGGGGCAGAUAUCAGUAUACGGGAUUGGUUUCAGAUGACACCAAUUCACUGUGCUAUAGUUUGUGGCCACACACAAUGUGUCCAGCUUCUCCUCCAACACGGGGCGGCUUCCAGUAUACAGAAUUGGAAGAAAAAGACACCAAGAAUGUUGGCAGAAGAAAAAGAGCACAUUGCCGUAGUUGAACUGCUGAGGCGUUUUGAAAUACCAGACAUACAGGUACACAUUCAAACCAGAACUUUGGAAUACCUUGCUGAAAUAUUAGACCCUGAAGAAUAUAGCGGAUUUAACCUGACCAACUUAAACCCGAACUGUCCUGAUGUUUUUCAAUUCCAAAAAAUUCAAGGAAUAAAAGAUUGGAUUGCCAAGAACAAUCGUACCACUAUUAAAGAUAUAAGGGAUGGCCUAUUGGCUGCUAACCUUCCGCGACUGUCCAGUGCAGUAGCACAGUAUUAUGCUGAGAUGGUGACGAACAUUUCAAACAUGUCCCCCGAUGAAUUUGAAUUACUCUGUAGAACCCUGACCACUGCGAAGUCCAUGUGCCAGCACACACCAAGUUCAUCAGCCCGUGGUCUGGAUGGUACAAGUUUGCCUUUGGACCCAUACCGCCACGACGCAUUCAUUGCAUACAGCGGUGAGGAUGAAGCCACCAUAGAGCCAGUUCUGCACCAGCUAAAGGAAUGUGGAAUCCAGUGUUUUUACGCCAAAGAAGACCUUGAGCUUGGAACCUAUGUGAUUACUUCCAUUAUUGAGGCGGUCAGUUCGUCUAGGCAUACCAUCGUGUUCCUGUCCAAGAGUUUUAUCCAGAGUGAUUGGUGUCAGUUAGAGUUGCAGUAUAUCAUACAGAAUGCUAGAAAGUCUAAAGGACAUGUCGUCAUUCCUGUUGUGAUGAACAUGGCGCCCGAGGAAAUUCCUGGGGAAUUAAGCAUCUGGAAAUAUAUUCUUUUCGACGAUGAAGAGCUCAUUCCUAAGCUUUUGGAAGCUAUAGAAGGACCAAGAGACACUCCAACGUAUGGUCAACUUCGACACGAGAACGAGGUUUUGCGAGACGAGAACGCUGAUUUACGAGAAAAGAANUUAGGUUAUGAUUAUCUGCAAUUCAAAGAAAUAAAAUGA